AGACAAAAGUGUACACUCUAAUAAUUAAAGGAUCCUUUUAUUUCUUUCUGCAAAAAAACUCAUCAAAAUUCAUCAUGCCGGGUUCAACAUGGAAAGGCCGAAACUACAAUUUUGAUAUUGCUGAUCCAAGCAAACCAGUCCUGACAUUCAGAUCACGGAAGCCCUCCCACUUCAUCUUCGAAAUUGAUUCUUAUGACAAACUUGAAAGUGCACUCACAGCGGCCAAUCUUGACGUAUUCGAAACACCCCAAUUUGCUGCUGGGGGAGUUGAAUGGGCGCUACGUAUUUAUCCUAAUGGGAAUAAAGCAAGAGGAGGUGACCAACACGUCUCCUUGUACCUCACAAGGAAAAAGGAUCCCGUAAAUCGACCCAGCGAAGUUACUGUGACCAUAAAAUUUUUUAUACAAGAUCAAUUAUCGGGUGAAUAUUUAGUGAUCGAAGAUUUGGGAGAAAGGAGUUUUGACGUGCGAGAUGCAGAAUGGGGAAUUCCGAAAGCAAUAAAAACAGAUGAUUUUAAACUACCAUCAAAUGGAUUCUUGGUUAACCACAAGUGCACUUUUGGAGCGGAGGUUUACAUUACAAGUGGUGAACCAAAAUAUUCACAGAUAUCAGUUGUGAAAAAUAUUCCAAAACGCAUUUAUGACGUCACAUUCGACCUAACUCCGCCCCGUUCUGAACCGUUGGAAUCUGAAACUUUCACUACUAGAUUCGAUGGAGAAGAUUAUACAUGGAAACUAGUGUUAUACAGAGAUGGAUACGAAGAGGGAUCUUCCACCCACCAUUCACUAUAUAUGAAACUCCUGGACAAAAACAAGCUUUCCGGUGGAAAGAGCAUGCUUGUUAAUUUUAAUUUACGCAUCCUUAAUAAUGUUAAGGGGGAUUACGAACAUGGAAGGAAUGCUGUUCUUGAUUGGUACAAUUACAAUAAGGAUACUGCGGGUUAUCCUACAUUCAUGCCAAGCGGAUAUCUGUUUUCUCGGAGAUACAAAUAUGUGGAAGACAACAAUGCAUCUGUGCAAGUCACUUUCAAUUCAGUUUUCUUAUCUCACCUUUUAUAAGCCCAGCCCGGGCCAAGACGCGAUCCAUCCGAUCGAUCCUCUACGUGUUUAAUUUCCUUAUAAAUCUUCUGUUGUAUUUUAUUGUAUUUUCCUUCAAAAUAAUUGAAUGUUUGUUUGGUUAUUUACUUUUAUGAUUCUUAAUUAAACUAAUGCCCUUAUUUGUUGUUUAUGGUUAGUUUAUUACUUAAAUUAUUAUACUUAUUUUUAAGUUUAGUAAUGAUAAAUUAGCUAUUUUAUUA